AUGGCAUUCAAAGGAUGUGCCUGGCAAAGCAUCCAGGCAGAAGGAGAUUGGCAUACAGGAGCUCCAGUGCAUAAAGGAGAUCUAGCGCAGGCUAACUGGAAACCAAGCCCCAGCAGGCAGGACUCGGGGACUUGGAAGAGCCAGCCUGGCCCGCAGCACCUUGAGACAAGUCCCCAGGGGACCAGCAGAAACAAGGCAGGCCAGCAAAACAGAGAUUUGGAUUUCUUAAUCGUUACAAACACAGGUACUGCGAUUCAGAGAGCAGCCUGGAGCCUGUUCCUGGGAGAGGAGCGCGGGAUCAGAGUGAGACCAGCACAAGGCAGCCACCGCAGGUCUGGGGAGCUGCAGAGUCCUCUCGUACAAGGGUUCAGUCUGGAGCUGCAUCUCUGCAAGUGGAGGGAAAGAAACCCUCGUCCUGCAGUGAAGGCAUGGAGAGCAUCCAAUUCACAGAAUCCCGUGUCCACGGGGAGUGUCGGCCCGACCUGGUCCAAAGACAACCUUCCUGGCACAGCUGGCUCCAGGAACACAUUUGACCUUGUCAUUGACCUCAGUGUGACUUUUCAGAUCACCCCUCCGUGUACCCAUGAGAGGCAUUAUGAGCAUUUCGGACGAUGCUGUAAUAAAUGUGAACCAGGAAAGUACAUGUCUUCUAAAUGCACUACUACCUCGGAAAGUGUAUGCUUGCCCUGUGGCCCAGAUGAAUACUUAGACACCUGGAAUGAAGAAGAUAAAUGCUUACUGCAUAAAGUUUGUGACACAGGCAAGGCCCUGGUGGCGGUGGAGCCCGGCAACCGGACGGCCCCGCGGCGCUGCGCCUGCACGGCCGGCUACCACUGGAGCGCCGACUGUGACUGUUGCCGCCGCAACGCGGAGUGUGCCCCGGGCUUCGGCGCCCAGCACCCGGUGCAGCUCAACAAGGACACAGUUUGCAAGCCCUGCCUAGUAGGCUACUUCUCUGAUGACUUUUCUUCCACCGAGAAAUGCAAACCCUGGACCAACUGUAGCAUUCUUGGAGAGGCAGAAGUACGUCAUGGGACGGAUAAAUCAGAUGUGGUUUGUAGUUCUUCUCUGUCAUCGGUAAAGCCUCCAAGAGAACCCCUGAUUUACUUGCCCAGUUUAAUUAUUCUGCUUCUCUUCAUAUCCGUGGCAUUGGUUGCUGCUCUCAUCUUUGGUGUUUAUUACAGGAAAAAAGGGAAGGCGCUAACAGCUAAUUUGUGGCACUGGGUCAAUGAGGCUUGCGGCCGCCUAAGUGGAAAUAAGGAGUCCUCGGGCAACAAUUUUAGCAACACUCACAUGGAAGCCUCUAGUCAGCGUGAAAUUUGUGAAGGUGUCCUACUGCUGACUCUGGAAGAGAAGAUGUUCUCUGAAGAUAUGUGCUGUCCAGACGGUGGUGGUGUCUGCGAGGGUGCGUGUGCAGGCGGCGGGCCCAGUGCCAGGAUGCUCCCCUUGGUCAGCGAGCUCGAGGAGGACCCCUUCCGGCAUAGUCCCAUGGAAGACGAGUAUGUGGACAGGCCCUCCCAGACCCCAGACUCUUUGCUGUUCCUCACUCAGCCUGGGAGCAAGUCCACACCCCCUUUCCCUGAGCCCCUGGAGGUGGGGGAGAAUGACAGUUUAAGCCAGUGCUUCACUGGGACAGAGAGCCUGGCCGAUUCUGAAAGCUGCCACUUCGCUGAGCCCCCGUGCAGGACUGAUUGGAUUCCCACGGCUUCCGAAAAGGACUUGCAAAAAGAAGUGGAGGGUGGCCAUUGCCCCCACUGGGCAGCCAGUGGCAGCUUGGCAGAGGGCUGUGCAAACUGUGGGAACCGGCCUGGGGAGGCCCGGGAACCCCUCACGGCUUCGCGGCAAAGCGGACCCUUGCCCCAGUGUGCCUAUGGCAUGGGCCUUGCGCCCGAAGAUGCCGCCGCCGGGGCCGGCCAGCCCGCCGAUGGGGCUGACCGAAGGCUUCCCGGCUCCAUGAGGGGGGGCCCUGGGUCUGGAAGCGCCUCCAGUGACCAGCCACCUGCGUCUGGAAAUGUGACUGGAAACAGUAACUCCACGUUUAUUUCCAGCGGGCAGGUGAUGAACUUCAAGGGCGACAUCAUCGUGGUCUACGUCAGCCAGAACUCCCAGGAGGGCCCGGCAGGGCCGGGCAGCGGCGCGGGGGAGCCGGUGGGCCGCCCGGUGCAGGAGGAGAGCCCGCCGCGCUGCGACUCGUUCGCCGGACUCGGGUCGCGCUUCCCGGACCCGUGCGCGGGCCUGGACGCGCGCCUGGGCGGGGGGCUGCAGGAGCGCGGCGCCCCUGGGCCCGAUAAGGCCUCGCGGCCGGUGCAGGAGCAGGGGGAGGCCGAGACCGGCGCUACAGGGGCAAGGCGCUGA